AUGAACUCUUGGAACAUGGUUCCAGGGCUAAGCACCCCAGCAUACUCACCGACAGAGAGAGCUCCUUCAGUGUUCUCUCCGACGUUCAAUGCCCAGAACAUAGACCGUAGGCAGCUCCAGGUGAAUCAAGUCGACGCAAGGCAAUUGGCGCUGAGCCAGGUUGACAUCCACGUCAACGCCGAUACUGGGCCAACCGUUGCCAUGGCCGCAGAGGCGCGCCACAGGGAAAUUGUAGGAGCCAUAGGGGAGGCUCAUAGGGAGGAAAUCAACAUACUUAGUUCCCAGGCCACAUCCAAGGUGGCACAAUUGCGUCAUGAGUAUACUGUCCUUCAGAACAAUCUUAAGCAGCUUGAGAGUGAAGCCGCCACUAAGUCGAGCAACGAUCAAGGUAUCAUUGAUCAGCAUUCUGCUGCUCUUGCCAGAGCAAGGACUGAAGCCAUUGAGCUCCACAAGCGUCUUUGCGAGGCGGAAGCCUACGCUAAUGCCGAGUACUCCAAGCUUGAGAGGCUUUCUCACAAUGUUCAGAGUGAGUACGCCAUUCACAAUGCGAGGCUAUCCGAACAGGUCGAGAGCAUGAAGGUUGAAUUCAAUGCUAUGCUUGGACGAUUCAAUUCUGAAGCCGAGCACCGCUCAGCACUCACGAGCGAGAACUCUGAUCUUCGUGCUAAGCUGCUUCAAGCUCAAGAGAUGCUACAGAAGGCUGCCAGUCAGACCGAUUCGCCCCAUCAUCGGGAGCCGGAAGGCAACCCUGGUCCUAGCGGGCCACCGCCCGGCCUCCCACAGGUGCAUCGCCUCGACACACCGCCUGGCCAAGGCAAAGGCAAGCCAGGUGACCCAGAUGAUGACGAUGAUGAUGAUGAUGGAGAUAAGAAGAAAAAGAAGGACGACAAAAAGAAGAAGAAGAAGAAGAAGAAGAAGAAGAAGAAGAAGAAGAAAAAGAGGGACUCAUCUUCGUCCUCUGAUUCUUCCUCAUCUUCGGCGAUUUCACCAAAAGAGAUGAAGAGAUUUUUCAAGAAGAUGAUGAAAGGUGGUUCAAAUGACAAAGAUGCCGACAAAGCCGAGUCAUCGGAUAAGGUCAAAAAGGUCAAGGCUCUCUCGCAUGACAUCAACAUCGAGGAAAGAGCUCUUGAAGGUUCCAAAGAACGGUCCUACAGUUUCCUGUAUGAUGCCGCGAACGCGCACCUCAACAGGAAGCGCCUUGAACGCAACCGGGAACGGAUGGCUCGACAGACGGGCAGUCCUGCUGUGCCCACUGCACCUGCACCUAAGAGGGUUCCUAAAGGUUUCUGCAUUUCAUGGGUCCGUAAUGGUUCCUGUACCAAAGGUGACCAAUGUAAGUACAAGCACCAGACUCCGGCCAAGGGACGCGGCCGCUCCGCUACGCCGGCUGGCUCACGAGCAAGCUCUGCAAGCCCCGGUGGUAAGCCUAAGAUCUGCAAGUUCUACAAGCAAGGACGUUGCGAUCGGGGGGAGAACUGCAAUUUUCUCCACACAGGCAAGCCAGGUGCAGCUGCGCCUUCCGAAACCAGUGGGAAGGGGUCAAAAGGCAAAGGGAAGAAGAAGGACCGCAAGAAGAAGAAAGAUCGCAAGUCUUCUCGCUCUAGCUCCAAGGGUUCUAAGGGUAGCAGGAAUUCCAAGGGAAGUCAAGGCUCCAAGAACUCGAAGGGCUCAGGCAGAAAGAAGCCUUCAGGCGGUAUCCCUGCUGCUGUAUGUCUCCUCAGUGCUCUUGUUGCUGGUUCGGCCACCCAAGCCGAUGCUUUCUCCCUCCGGAAGGAGUGGACGGACCAGGUCACCAAUUGCACGUAUCCCUAUAGUCUGGCGCUUCCAGCGGUAAAUUUCAGCUCUGAAGUCGAUUACAUUAACAUUCCUGUUCGUGAUCCCAACGCGAGGUUCACUCCAGUAUCGCCCACCAAUCGUAAGCAUCGAGGAGAAAAGCCUUUGGAUUUUGUUCCAGAAACCAGAGCAGACUCCAUCCGAGAGGCCCAGAUGUCAGCGAAGAUGCUGAAAGCUUCCAUCUCUACCAAGGACGACGUUCCGGCCUGCCGCUGGGAGUGUGAUUCGGAGAUUGGAUGUAAUCACUGUAUCCCAAAGGGUCUCAGAAUGUCGUGCCCUGCUAAGACUAAAGGGUCCUCUAAGAUGCUUAACCUUGAAUGGAUUGGCGACACAGGGAGUGCACAAGACCUAAUCGCAGAGAGGGAUCUCCAGCAUUUGAAGGCUUAUGAGUCUGAACAGCCGAUCAACAUCAUGACCGCGAACGGUCCCAGCUCUGCUGACAAGCAAUGUGAUGUCGACGUUCCGUCGAUUGCUAUUUCUGCCAAGCCUUAUGUGCUGCCCGACACUCCUUCAGUCCUCUCCAUAGGACAGCGUUGCAUGGAGCAAGGUUUCGAUUUCAUUUGGAGAGCCUGUACUCGCCCUUACUUGAAGACUCCUGAGGGUGAAAGAGUUUUCCUUGAUGUUCGAGAUAACGUGCCUUUCCUCAAAUCGUGGAAGGAGGGCACUGCCUGCCCUGCGCGUGAAUCUAAGUCCGAUGAGAUUCAGCCUGUUGCCAGAGGUGAAAUGCCUGAUCGCAGCUCUGAAGAGAUUGCUUUGCAGCUUCUGGAGAAGCACGACUUCUCGGAGCGAUCAUGCGUUGAUCUCUUGCGCACCGUCAAUUUCGGAGCAGGUAGGAGUAGAAGAAAAGCACUAGGAGAGAAGCGUGGCAAUAGCAAAGAGAAGUACGUGAUGCUUGGUGCUUUUGCACAUGGAGGGUUUCAUGGUGUAACCAAGAGAACUGGACGCCAUGUUAACACUAUCAAGUAUCUCAUCGCAUUUCUUCGCAAGAGAGGCGCGGAGUUGGAGAGCUGUUCAUCACUCUGCAUCAACCAGAACUCGCCUAUCAAGGUCCAUAAGGAUGUGAACAAUCACAAAGACCAUCUCAACGUUACGAUUGCCGUGGGAGAGUUUUCCGAUGGUGGCCUUUGGAUUCAUGACCCGAACGCUAUGAAAACCGAUAAAAAUUAUCUAGAGGUCAAGGAUUCUGUAGGCACCAAACUCCCUGGGAUGGUCCAUGACAGUCACAACAAGAUUGUUGUUUUUGACCCGAAGACAUCUCAUUCCGUAAGACCUUGGAAGGGUGAACGCUGGAGCAUUACUGCCUAUACCUGUAGGUCAGUUUACCAACUUGAUAACCAGGACGUUGCGAAGCUUCGAGGUUGUGGGUUUGUUAUUCCUCACAAGAGGGUUCCUAUUGCGCCGGCAUCCGCCGAUGAUCCUGACGAAAGGACUCUCAGGGAACUGAUGGAGGAAGACAUGCCUGUUCGGCCUUUGCCGGACCGCACCAAGCCUACAGUAAAACUUUAA